UGAACUGAUAUUAGGAGAUGGUCACCCUAGAGCCCUUGGAUACUCAGAUCUAGUCAAAACGACGUUGUGAUAACAACUUGUAAAGAGAGAAUGAAAAUUCAGGGAAGCUGGGCAGCAGCAGCAGCUCUGCUGAGUCUGCUGGUCGUCGCAGGUCCGGGCGACGCAUACGUCACUUCGUAUCCUGAAGAACCCGACAUUGAUGGCACUCUGUUGACGGUCGGGCUGACGGUUGGCCACUGGCUGGCCGGCGCCCUGCCGUACCCUGGCUUCUCGGCGCUGCUGGACGCGUUGCUCUACGCCUGGACCCCCAAGCCCGAGGACGACUACUGGGAGCACAUCGAGCAACAGGUGCACGACCUGUGCGGCAACUUCGUCAACCAAGACAACAUCGACAAAGUUCUUGUCUACAAGAACGACCUCAUGACCAUGCUUAGGAUAUACGAGAAUUCCCCCGUCGAGGGUGACGGCAGCUACCCCACAAAAAACGUACAGGCUGACGCCAUUACCUCCUCAAUCAUCAGCAACCGGUAUUUGGUGGAAGCUUCUCUGAUGCCGUGGUCCAUGACACUUUACUUCGUAGACAUCGCGUCUAUGCACAUCAUCGUUCUGCAGGACGCAGCCGAGAGCUACACGUUCCCCGACACGGCGCCGUCUCUGUGGUGGCGCGACCUGAGCACCGAACUGGCGCACUACAUCACCUACUCCCGCACCCUGUACGACCAGACGCUCCAGUUCAGGCGGGACAACAUCGAGUGCUACUUCGAUGAGGGCGGCAGUACGGAUAAAUACAUCAUAACCGACCACGUGACCGGCUUGCAAGACUCGUGCACACAAAUCCAUCCUGGCGACGGCGAGGUUGGGUCUUGUGCUUCCGCCUGUCAGAACUUCGAGGAUCAGGUGGUGCGCGAUCUGGCCGCUUGGUACUGGGACUUUGUUGGCUACCCCGCCAGUCAGUGGGAGCAGCUGAGGUUCAAAGCCGAGCUUUUGGCUGAGAAUGCAAGCGGAUACCGUGUGCCUCCCCACGAGGAGUAAUACUUGCCAUGAGUGGCAAGAACUUCAACGUAACAGGAAAGCUCGCUCGUGAAAUUGCCCUAAAAUUGUCACUAGUAGCUACUGACAGCUACAGUAAUAAGUCAUGAUUAAACAUCAUUCAUUAAGUCAGUAGACAGGUGUAUUCACUCAAUUCCUCCAGUUUCCAAUGUAUUCAAAGCUCAUUUACAGGACGAAUUCGUACGACUAAUUCACGAUACUAUUUAAAUAAUUCACGUUAUGUGUUUAUAAUAAUAUCCGUCUGACUAUGUCCUUUCAUUAAAUACACCUUAUGAAACUAAA